GCAGUGCUUCUCAUUUUCUAGUACUGUAUCCAGAGUGGAAGAAGAGGAACUUUCCAGUUUCUCAAGACAGCAAGAGACAAAUCAUGGAUUCAGCUUUUUUGCCUGAAAAUGGCUAUCUUGCUAUGCUGCAUGGUGAUCUUGAUCUAUUGCAUACUUUUCUUGAUGCUAAGCCACCUGGAGAUGAAGAAGGUGACUUCUUUCCAGUUCUGGAUCCUGAAGUUGAUGCCAGCAACUGUGAGCAGUCCAAUAGUAUGGAUUUCCUGUAUCCAAAGGAAAGUGAUGAAAAUGGGGAAGAAUUGUGUCUCUGUUCCAACACCAUAGAAGCUUAUGCUAGAAUAGCUGAAUUAGCAGACUAUGUGCUAAAAGAUCAGCAAGAGAAGCACAUGGAAGACAUUUUUGCAGGGAGCCUUAUUUUGGAUGAAAUGGCUGCUGAAAACACCGAGAAAUUUACUGACAUAGAGAUGCAGAAAUGUCACAAACGAACCUUCUUGAGCUCUUCAGAGAGUUGCUCUGAUGCUUCAGUACCCAAAUACAGGAAAAUUGUGGAAGCCCCUGCAGUGUCUGCAGGGAAUGGCAAUUUCUUAGCUAUGCCUCUCAGCAACCAUCCAGCCAGCUCUGCCUCACUAUCCAACCAGCACAUGUCCUUUUCUGUUCCUGCUGCCAACGAGUUGGAGAGAAGUUCCAUAAUUCCUGCACCCUCGAGUCCAGAGUGUCUCCCUGUCGGUAUGAAAGGAAGCCAAGAGAAUACAGGAUUUGCAGAUCCUCCUCAGCAGAUAUUUAACUUGGUUCUUGGAAAUGGCUAUUCUGAUGUUAUAAUAUAUACAGGUUCAGAACUGUUCAAAGAGGUCCAAGUUACCGUCAUUCCUUCUGAAGAACCUUUCAAAAGACCAAAGCCAGUGGAAGCUUUCUGUGCAUCACUCAUGGAUUAUUUCAGAGAUGUGUGCAAAUAUGUGGCCAUGGAGCGUGAAGUAACUCUUGAUCACCUGUUUAUUGGUGGAACACUAGUUCAAAGCCAACCUGAAACCAAGACUGGGAAGAACAGCACAAAAGCAAUGGAAAAGGAACUGGUAACUUUCAGUCAGCAAGGAAAGGAAAAGACAGCCCUUAAAAGAAGCCAAAUAUUUCAAAUCCCAGACAGUAAACACAUAGAGACUAAAGUGAUUUUGGUGCUGGGAAAAGCAGGAAUGGGCAAAAGCAUUCUUGUUCAGAAGAUCUGCCAGGACUGGUCCAAUGGAGAGUUUUCUCAAUUUGAAUUUGUUUUUUGGUUUGACUACAAACAAAUAAGCUUGCCUGAGAAGAAAUACAGCCUGAAGGAUCUGCUGCUUGAAUUUUUUGUAAAACCUCAAGAGGGUAGCAAAGAGAUCUUUGAGUAUAUAUUGCAAAAUCCUACUAAAGUCCUUCUGAUUUUUGAUGGUUUUGAAGGGUUGCAUGUUCAUGAGAAUUUCCCUCAUUGCUCAGCCAGCCAGCCUGAAAAAGACUUGUGCAGUGUAAAGGAGCUGCUUUCAGGACUCAUCCAAAAAAAGAUACUGAAAGGUUGUACUUUAUUACUUACAGCAAGACCAAAAGACAAGGUAUACCAGUAUGUGUCCAAAGUGGAUAAGACUACUGAAAUAGUAGGAUUUUCCCCUCAGCAGAGAGAACUGUACAUAACCAAAUACUUUGAAGGAUUACCUUACUGUGAUAAUGCACUGAAAUUAAUCAAAGACUGUGGGUACUUGUUCAGUCAUUGUUACAGCCCUGUUAUGUGUAGAUUUGUAUGUUUUCUCUGUGAGAUAGUUCUUGAAAGGGGAGACAAAAACCUUCCUUCAACUCUUUCUAGAAUCUUCCUGAAAUUUGUUCAGCAAAAGAUAAUACAUAUGCAAACAGAUGUUACAACCAUGCAAAAUCAAGAGAGUCUUGCUACACUAGCCCGUAUAGCCUGGUAUCUUGGAGAAAAGCACCAAAGUGCCAUGAAAAGUGAUCUUCCUUCUAAGAAAGUUAAAGAGUUUGCUCUGAAAUAUGGAUUUUUCCUGCCAUUUGCAUUCCCCAGACAUUCAGAUAGUGGAGAAGAGGAAUUUGGGAGCACAUUCUCUGAUUUCAUCAUUCAGAAUUUCUUGGGUGCACUUCACCUUAUCCUGCCAGAAGAGAUCAAGGAUAAAAGUCUUACCAAGUACCUGUCUUUUCUAUCCAAGAAGAAAAAACUUUAUAACUGGUUAGAUUUAGUGCCUCGAUUUUUGUCUGGUUUGUUGUUCCUCCAGGAUGACCCCUACUUCUGCUCCCUUUCAAGUAAGGAUGUAAAACAUUCAAUCAAGAAGCAGAAAACAUUCUUGAAAUAUAUUAGAAGACUGAAGAUGAACAAGCUCUGUCCGGAGAGGUUACUUGAACUUUUACAUUGUAUUUAUGAAACACAAAACAAUUAUCUCUUGCAGCAUGUGGCCUUAAGGCUCAAACCAGACUUGUCUUUUCUGGACGUAGGUCUUACACCACCUGAUGUCCAUGUAGUGCACUCUAUUUUAAAAAGGUCAAGAAAAGAUUUUUCCUUGGAUUUGCGAAACAGCAGCAUUGACAUGCAAGGGCUAAAAGACUUGGUUGGCUUAAAGAACGUGGCAUCAUUCAGGGCCUCCCUCAGUGAUGCAGUCAGGCUCUGGAAAUCUUUAGAACAGACAAAAGACUACGAGCUGCUGAGAGCUUCAACAGAGAAAUUUGUUCUUGGCCCCUUUAAGGCAAAGACAAUGAAGGACAUCAGUGACCUUUCAGACCUUGUAGACGUGCAGAAGAUGAUCAGCUGUGUGCAAGAGGCAUCUGGUUGCAGCAGCUAUGAAAUUCCUGCCAUCAAAAACCUUCAAAAACUAGAAUUUGCGCUAGGUCCAGUGUGUGGCCUUCAGGGACUCCUAAAACUUGUGGAAAUCCUUGCAGCAUUCCCAUCACUUCAACAUCUAGACCUUGAUGCUCUGAGUCAAAAUGGCAUAGGAGAUGAAGGAGCAAAGAGUCUCUCUGAAGUCUUUCCAACCCUGAAGUCACUGGAAACACUAAACUUAUCACAGAACAAGAUAACAGAUGUGGGUGCUGAGAAACUAGCUACAGCCCUUCCUUCCUUGUCUUCAUUAAAGACACUAAGCUUAUACAAUAACAGCAUCUGUGAUUUUGGAGCAGAAAAUCUUGCAAAAGUUCUUCCUGCGAUGGAAUCUUUAAGAGUGGUUGAUGUUCAGUAUAACAAAAUAACUGGUGUUGGAGCCCAGCAGCUGACUGACAGCCUACGGAAAUGUCCCCAUAUAAAGAACUUGGUGAUGUGGAAUCCCACCAUUCCCUAUGGAGUUCUCGAACACCUUCAUCAGCUGGACUCUAGGAUCAGUGUGUAGAUUCAGAUGAUCCUGUGAAGGUAGCAUAAAGAAGAGGUGAAGGUGUCCUCUGUGUUUUCCUAUCUUCUUGCUGCUUUAUGAAUUGAUGGCUUAUUUUCAUGAUAGUGGCAAAAUGAAAAAAGUCACAAUUGAGUUUCUGGGUGGUGCUUGAAGUGGGUGGAUGAUAGAGUUCAAUGUUAAAGAUCACUUAAAAUGCUAUUUAAACACCUACUGAGGUGAUGAAGAGUUAAGUAACAUCAAGUUUUGAAGAUGAAAAGAGCAUCUGGAUAUCGUGAUCACCAUUAAAGGUGACAAGGAAUCACAGGAUAUGGAUAGUAUAAAAUUCCACCAUUGAUUCAUCAAAGAAUAGACUGCAAGCUGCUGGACCUGCAACAUCAGAAGUAGUGACAGGUCACAUCUCCUUUUUUCAUGGUGCCAGUGCUAACUGUGAUCAAAUUCUGCGUGAUGAUUUUGGACUUCCAAAGCUCUGUUACAGAUUUCACUUCUCUGUCUGCACUGAUUUGAAGUGCUAGGGUCAGGAGCAUAACUAAGAAUGAUCAGUCUUAUAAAACAGUCUGAUAUUGUAAGAUUAUCCAUAGGAAUCUAGAAGUGGCUCUUUCCUUGAUGCUAAAUACCAAUGUUGUCUUAGGGAUAGAAAGCUAUUUUCUGUCACUCUCUUGUUAUUGAAUCCUUCAAAACGAUUAGGAAAAAGAAAAGAUAAAAAAAUAAUUAAAACUGGAAAAUUGACAUUGCAGAAAUUGAAAUGCAUACAAAUAGCUUCAGUUUCUUGCACAAAAAUCCUCAAAGUGACAGUCAUCAAAGGUUUUUACUGUGUCUCAAAUGAGAAUUUGAAUUUUUUAUUUCUUCAUUCCUGUAUCUGGUUUGGGAUUUAGUUUCUCACUUGCAGGUGGCAGCAUAAAUGUACAAGCAUCUGCUUCAUACUUGACAGUGGAAUCACUACUGUGUGGAGUUUGUGUGGCCUUCUUUUACAGAGUUUUUCUUAACUAGGCAAUGACAGUAACGUAUUUCAAAGCAUUACCAUGUGUCUGCACUGCUGGCCUCAAUGAUAUGUGGGCCAAACACUGAUCCUGCUGACUGUGAUAGCAAACCUAUUGUCUCCUUUUUGCCUUUUUUCUUUUAUUAUUAUCUUCUGUUAUUUAAGCUCUGUGAACAUGGAGAGAACUUACAGUCAUACAGAGAUGAUUGUGAGGACUAGCAUUCUGGCUCCCUGUCCAGAUACACACCUUGGAGACAGAAAAACAAAAUGGAAUUGAAAAAGCAAGGAAUAUUUGAUAUUCCAUAAACUGAGAAGGGAGGUUUCUGCCUUGGUGUUAUCUCAACAACCUCCUUGAAAUCUCUUCUGCUAGGAAACACUGACAGUACUGACCCAUGGAACAAUACAAGCUAGAAUCACUCAACUAGCCUCUCAAAUACUCUGUUACUUGUUUUUCAAAAAGUCCCCCAUUUAAACAGUCCAAAUCCACAAUCUUUAUAUUCUUUCCAGCAAAUUAUACUUCUGCUGAAGUUUCAGUACAUGCAGAAUCUUGACAGCAGGGAUGGAGGGUGGACAAAUUAAGGAAUGAAGGAAGGAAGGUUGGUUUGGCUUGUUGAUCCUGUUAAUCAAAGGAGAGCAGAAAACCAGGUAUAGUACGUGGAGGAAAUGGUACAAGAGAACAAGGUGGAAAAACUCUAUGGAGACUAUAUUUGUAACUAGGAAGUGGUAUUUUGAACUGUCUGCAUGGUUCUUCCCUCUAGCUAAACUCUAGCCAGAGUCAUGGAACAAAAUCUCAUUUACACUCCGCUCUUUGAGCUGCUUGAAUGGGAGGCAGUCUGAGCCAAAUCCUGUGUGAUGUUUCUAUCAGCCUACAGCACUUCAGCCACACAAGCCUUGGCUUCCUUGAACUAAGCUUUGGAUGACAAAUGCCCCUUUAGGGAUAUAUUCUGCACCUACACUUCACUCUGGCUGAAUCUGAGAAUGUACUAAGUAUUACACAAGCAGCUGAAUGUUACAGGACCUUGUCUGGCCUGGUAAAAUCAUGCUGGGUGUACUGCUGUACUCUUUACAGGUUAGUGGGAGAUGCAUGUUUAUAAUGUACAGAUUGUAAAUGUUACAGUGUUUUGUUUUUCUUUAUACAUCUUUUUAUACGUAUUAAUAAACAUCUUUCUUUUUACAGUA